AGGAAGGUCCUGACUUUCCCCACUAAUCUAAACUCGUUGGGUCUGUCUCAAAGAAUAAUUGACAAUUCGCUAGGUCUGUAGAAUUUGAGCAGGGGCUAGUGUUGUUCGGGUGGUUUCUGAGUUCUUUGUGGAAUCACGAACAUUGGAUUUAAAUUCUAAGGUGACGUUGAUUUGGUUGAGACGCCAGAUAUAAUAAAGAAAUUGCUUGCGAGCAAACAUGAGUGAUGUAGAAAAACAACCACUGUUACCGCAAUCUGGUGCAACAUCGACGUUUGGUAAUGGUGACUCAGAUGCACAUCCACAAAAUUCAGAAAGCGGUGUAUCACAGGCUACGGUAUUUUCAGUAGGUCCAGAUGAGUUGCCACCACCUUAUCAACAAGGAAGUUUGGGGGGUGUUCCAAUGGUCACUUGUCGUGUAUGCCAAGCAAUGAUUGAUAUAACAUAUAAACGUGAGCAGCAUGUUGUGAAAUGCAAUCAAUGUAACGAAGCAACGCCAAUACGUAAUGCUCCGCCUGGUAAAAAAUAUGUUCGGUGCCCGUGUAAUUGCUUGCUUAUAUGCAAAAGUUCUUCCCAAAGAAUUGCAUGCCCUCGUCCGAAUUGUAAAAGGAUCAUCAAUCUCGCGCCCAGCCCUGUCACUCCGCCGGUUCCAUCAAUGCCUGGAAUGUGCCGUGUAACUUGUGGUCAUUGUGCAGAUACUUUUUUGUUUAACACUUUAAAUAAUGCACUUGCAAGAUGUCCUCACUGUCGAAAAGUAUCUUCAGUGGGUUCGAAAUUCGCCCGAGCAAGAGGUAUUCUGUUUUUGAUCUUAGGAGUUAUUUUUGUAGUUAUCGGGAUCGGGAUAACCAUAGGAACUUACGCCUACGCUAAGGAUCAUGGCGGUAUCUUCGUCGCUUACAUCGCAAUUUUUUUAAUUGCUGUUUUCUUAUUUGUCCGUACUCUGUACUAUUGUCGAUUACAAGUGAGCGCCAUAGAUGGCCCUAUGUAAAAGUUUAUUAAUUGUUUAUCAUUCCCUUUUGGUAUUGCUUUCAAUGUUGAUGAAAUUGUUUACAUGUAUUUCCAGAAAUAUAUUGCUUUUAUUUCCAAAAUGA